AUGACUUCGGCCUACUUUGGUGUGGGUGGCGGCGGUGGCGGCGGGGCGCAGUCCGCCUACUUUGGUGUGGGCGGCGCGAAGCCCGGAGGCGGCGGUGGCGGCAGCAAUGUGCCGCAGGGCGGCGGUGGUGGCGGUGGCGCGACGUCCGCCUACUUUGGGGUGGGCGGUGGCGCGCCGGGCGGUGGUGGCGCCCAGUCCGCCUACUUUGCGGUGGGCGGAGCGCCGGCGGGUGGCGGCGGUGCCGCUGCGCCUCCUCCUCCAGCAGCCGGAGGUGAGUUGUGAAUUUUUUUUGGUAUUUUUGAUCUUUUUUUUUAUCUUUUUCAUUUUGACAUCUGUAUAAUGUAACUUUCAGGUGCUGCCUUUGGCUCCUCGACCAUGACAGCCGUUGGCGCUCCAGCCGGUGGCGGAGGAACUUCAACUAUGACUGCCGUUGGUGCCGCUCCAGGAGGAGGUGAGUUGUUUGGGGUAGUUUUAAGAGUAGUUAAUUAUUUUUGCAUUGGCAUUGAUUUUUGGGGGUUUGACCCGGUUUUGCUGAUUUUUUUGCCUAGUGUAAUAUAAUUUUUGGCCGAUUUUUCAAAAUUUAUAGGUCUAUUUUUGUCUAACAGGCCUGUUAUGACAUGUUCGUUGCAUUUUUUAGCUAAUCAUUUGUCUUUUUUUAUCUGAGCAUUUUUGUCUAGUACAAUAUAAAUUUUUGGCCAUAGCUUUCAAAUUGAUGGGUUGAUUAUAGUGGAAAAAGCUUUAUUAUGAUCUUUCUGGUCUUCUCUUUCAUUAGCCAAAAAAUAUGGAUUCCUUUCGAAUUUUGACUACUUUUUCUCAAAAUUUCACCUAGUGUAAUAUAAAUUUUUGUUCUUUUUUAAACAUAACGGGGGCUAUUAUGACUGCAAAUUUCCGGCCUAAUCUUUAUGUUAUUCUAUUCCAAAUUUUUGAUGACUAAAAUUUUCAACCAAUUCAUUUUCCCGUUCCAGGUCGUUCCACUAUGACCGCCGUUGGAGCCCCACUUGGUGGAGGCGGUACCUCGACCAUGACAGCCGUUGGCGCCCCUCCGGGCGGCGGCGGAACUUCAACUAUGACCGCCGUUGGCGCCCCCAUGGGUGGCGGUGGAACCUCGACGAUGACCGCUGUUGGCGCUCCCAUGGGUGGAGGAGGAACUUCGACCAUGACUGCUGUUGGCGCCGCUCCCGGAGGAGGUGAGUUGGGGGCAGUUUUUUUUGUUUUUAGUAUUUUUUUUAUUUAUGAGCAUUUUUGCCUAGUAUAAUAUAAAUUUUUGGCUGUGGCUCUCAAAUUGAUGGGUUGAGUGUAGUGAAACAAGUUUUAUUAUGAUCUUUAUGGUCUUCUCUUUCAUUAUUUAGCCAAAAAAUAGCGAUUGUUUUCGAUUUUUGGCCAUUUUUUUCAAAAUUUCAACAAGUAUAACAUCAAUUUUUGAUGACUCAAAAUUUUCCAUUCCAGGUCGUUCCACUAUGACCGCUGUUGGAGCCCCACUUGGUGGAGGCGGUACCUCGACCAUGACCGCUGUUGGCGCACCCAUGGGCGGAGGCGGUACUUCAACCAUGACUGCCGUCGGUGCCCCCAUGGGCGGAGGUGGAACCUCGACGAUGACUGCUGUUGGCGCUCCCAUGGGUGGAGGAGGAACUUCGACCAUGACCGCUGUUGGUGCCGCUCCCGGAGGAGGUAAGUUGUUGGGGUUAUUUUGGGGGAUUUUUACCCGAUUUUGUUGAUUUUUUUGCCUAGCGUAAUAUAAUUUUUUGUUGAUUUUUCAAAAUUAUAGGUUUAUUUUUGUCCAUCAGGACUUUUAUGACAUGUUCGCUGCAUUUUUUUGCCAAUCUUUUGUCCUUUUUUUGAUUUAUGAGCAUUUUUUGCCUAGUAUAAUAUAACAUAAUUUUGGCCGCAGCUCUCAAAUUGAUGGGUGUAUUAUAGUCGAAUGGGCUUUAUUAUAUCGAACAGUCUUACCUGGUCUAAUUUUUGCAUUUUUUUUAUUCCAGGUCGUUCCACGAUGACCGCUGUUGGAGCCCCACUCGGUGGAGGCGGUAAAUUAAUUUUUGUAUUUUUUAAUGGGUUUGAUGGGUUAAUUAUAGCGGGAUAGGCUUUUUUAUGAUCUUUCUGGUCUUCUCUUUCGUUGUUUUGCCAAAAUUCGAAAGAAAUCCCUAUUUUUUCCAUCUUUUUUUCAAAAUUUCACCAAGUAUAAUAUAAUUUUUUUGGCCGUACUGGACCAACAGUCUCUGUAGCCAUUUUCUGGCCUAUUUUUUUCUAAUCUUGAAAUUCCAGAUCGAAAAAUUAGGAAUUUCUUUCGAAUUUCGAAUCAUUUUGUUUUUCAAAAUUUCACCAAGUAUAAUAUAAUAUUUUUGGCCAUAGGUCCCAGUUAGAGCCCUUUUCUGGCCUAAUCUUUUAAUCUAAUGCUUUUUCUAAUCUUGCUGGCCUAAUUUUUGCAUUUUUUCCAUUCCAGGUCGUUCCACUAUGACUGCUGUUGGAGCCCCACUCGGUGGAGGCGGUACCUCGACCAUGACGGCUGUUGGUGCCCCCAUGGGCGGUGGUGGAACCUCUACCAUGACUGCGGUUGGCGCCCCCAUGGGUGGCGGUGGAACCUCGACGAUGACCGCGGUUGGAGGCGCACCCGCUGCUGGUGGCGGCGCUUCGACGAUGACUGCCGUUGGAGGCGCUGGUGGAGCGCCUCCCCCGCCUGGAGGUCCGGUUGGCGGUGGUGGCGGCGGAGGCGGCGGUGGCGCCACCUCGGCCUACUUUGGAGUCGGUGGCGGCGGCGGUGGUGGCGCACAGUCGGCCUACUUUGGUGUUGGCGGCGGCGGCGGUGGUGGCGGCGGUGGCGGUGGUGCCAAGCCCCCAGGGGCCGCCCUUCCCAAUCAAUCGGCAUACUUUGGAGUCGGCGCGACUGGAGCUGGCGCUGGUGGAGCAACUUCGGCCUACUUUGCACCUAAAUAA